GGAGCGCCGGCUCUCCAGUUUGGGUUGCUUUAGGAUCCAUGCGUCUUUUUUCCCCUCCAUGCAUGCCGGGAAUCCCUUUAAUAUAAAUAGUGUGCUCAUUUAACAACUUGACCUCUAACUUCUACUACUUCUACCUUGAAAUCUGCAACGGGAAAAGAGAAUGGCCAGUUUUCUCUGUUAAGGGAAAGAGUCUUUGUCUCUCCCCCUAUGCUAUUGCAAAAUCUUCUCCUACCCCUAAACUGUAUACAGAUCUUGAUCCUCUCAAAUAAGUGUCCGUGGAGGCGGCAUUUUACCAAUUUUUUUUUCCUUUAAGAGUAGAGGCUUAAUAAUUCAGUGCGGGUUAGUUCAUUUCACCUAGACCGAAUCGCCCCUGAACGGUGUUAAUUGCGUUGAAAUUGUAUGCACACAUUCCUCAUUUUUAUCAUAAUAAAAUCUGCUUUGGAGUGAGUGGAUUAAGCCCCAGUUCACUAGUUUGGAAAGUGUUUUGAGGGUUUCAUUGUGCUCCGUCUGACUUUUUCUUUCAGUGAAACAUUUGCACAUCUUAUUCCAUCAUAACAGGAAAUAGAAAUUCUUUAUUCACCGGGAGGGAAAUGCUUUUAAGCUAGACAUCGAUUGUGAGACUAAAGUGUACCAUUUAAGAAAGGUGUGGUGGGGGGGGUGGAUAAAAGCCCUGUUACCCUUGUAAUUCAUGUCCCUUUUACCCGGGUCCUACCUUAACUGUUUUCUGCUGCGGAGGACAACUUCCUGGAGAUCUUCCCCUCCACGCCCAGCCCUCAGAGAAGGAAAAGAAAGGGAGAAAGAGACCCUCACUUUAAGUCCGUUCACGUGCUAUUUACAGCUUUUUUCCUAAGAGGGUGACACAGUUACAUCAGAAAGAAAAUGUGCUGCAGCUACGCCACCGCUGUUUUAAACAAGCCCUGCAGGAACAUGGAACAACCGAUGACCUUGUACAUUACAUCCAUCUCUAAUAGUAUCCUUGUCAUUACUGUUAUUAUCUGAAGUGUUAAAUUGUUGCCAGAAUCGAUACAAGUCUACCUCUUUGAAUAUAUUUUAUCCCAAUGUUGUUUUUAACGUCUUUGUUAAGAGGCCAAUUAAUUUCCAACCCAUGCCCUAGUGAAGUUUGUAUAUAAUGAAGGCUUCCUAACAUUUUUUUUUUUGCUUAUUUCUUCUUUUGAAAGAAGAAGAGGGGAAAUAAAUGACACGUGAACUAAAGAACUUGAGGUUUAAAGUGAUAUGAAGUUAUUCCUAAACUAAUGAAACAAUACAAUAUACUGAAACAAUAAAAUAUGCCAAAACUGUUGUUGAAAAUCACUGUUGAACUAAUACUUGCUUAAUUUAUUUUUUCAGUUGAACAGCAGGACUCAUUUUAUCGAAUUCUAUCUGAACGUAUAGCUUACCCUCGACAGUAGCUGGAAUUAAAGGAAUUUUUCUAAGUGGAACAUAAAGGCCUUGGCAAGUGAAAGAUUUUAAUGCAUUUCUGUUUGUUUUCUCCUAGAUUUGUUGGUGUUAACGCAUCGGACAUCAACUAUUCGGCUGGUCGAUAUGACCCUUCUGUUAAGGUCCCCUUUGAUGCGGGUUUUGAAGGCGUCGGUGAGGUGGUAGCCUUAGGCCUUUCUGCUAGUGCCAGGUACACAGUUGGCCAAGCUGUGGCUUACGUGGCACGUGGCUCUUUUGCUGAGUAUACAGUUGUGCCUGCCAACAUUGCAACUCCAGUGCCCUCUGUGAAACCUGAGUACCUCGCCCUGCUGGUAAGUGGCACUACUGCAUACCUCAGCCUGGAGGAGCUCGGAGAGUUGUCAGAAGGGAAGAAAGUUUUGGUGACAGCCGCAGCUGGGGGGACAGGCCAGUUUGCUGUGCAGCUUUCAAAGAGGGCGAAAUGCCAUGUAAUUGGAACCUGCUCUUCUGAUGAAAAGUCUGCUUUCCUGAAGUCUCUUGGCUGUGAUCGUCCCAUCAACUAUAAAACGGAGAAUGUGCGUGCUGUCCUUAAGAGGGAGUACCCCAAAGGUGUGGAUGUGGUCUACGAGUCUGUUGGGGGGGCCCUGUUUGACUUGGCGGUGGACGCAUUGGCCACCAAAGGGCGCUUGAUCUUAAUUGGGUUUAUCUCUGGCUACCAAACUCCUACUGGCCUUUCGCCUGUUGAAGUGGGAACAUUGCCAGCCAAACUGUUAAGAAAAUCUGCCAGCAUCCAGGGCUUCUUCCUGAACCAUUACCUUUCUAAGUAUCAGGCAGCCAUGGACCACUUGCUCAAGAUGUGUGAAAGCGGAGAACUGGUGUGUGAGGUGGACCUUGGAGCACUGUCACCAGGGGGCAAGUUUACUGGCUUGGAGUCUGUAUUCCGUGCUAUAGAUUAUAUGUACAUGGGAAAAAACACUGGAAAACUUGUCGUUGAAUUACCUCAUGCUGUCAACAGUAAGCUGUAAAAACAGAACAAUGAUAUAAAUCAAAAGAAAAUGAAAAUGGGUACUUUAUGCCUCAAAAUUGCUAAAAUCAAUGUAUUUUUAGUUGGUAAUGGGUAUGAUAUUUCUUAAAACAAAAGUAAGGUGUUAAUGAAUUGGUUUCUCCUUUUUUUUGCCCCUCCCUUGGAAAAAAAAAAAAAAAACUUGCUAAUAAAACUUGCCCGGAUGGUUAAGGUGUAAAAAAGCAUGCACAUUCAAUUCUUUAGUCAUGGGCAGUCUCAUUCCAGCUUUUAUUGCUCCAGGGACUAAAUUAAUUCCUGAUGGAAGCACUGAUCAUGUCAAUACGAUUUUAAAACUGGUCUUGAGAAUACUUCACAAAUUCUUCUUUGUUCUGGGAUAGUUCAGUCUUACGCUGACCAGUAGUUCAUACGUGAGAGAUGUAGCAGCAAGUCAGCUGUAUAUUUUCAGAAUCCAUAUUAUUAGGAAGGGGCCCCUGUUGUCCUAAAAAUCAUCAGCCAAUUUUCUCAAUAGAAAUUUGGGUGAAACCCCCCCCCAAUUUGAUUAUGCUAAGUUAUUUGAAAUAAUGAUUGGGUAAGCACCAAAAACCCAUUGACUCUAUAGCACGGACGUAUUCGAAGACAUAUCUAGUAUUUGAUGGCUUUUAUACAGACUCGUCCUGGUGAGGUAUAUAUGGAAAGGAAAAUUUUCCUCUCCCCUUAAGAUUAAAAAGCAAAUCAGUGUUGAAAACAUAUACACCACAGCAAGCAGGUUUUCAAAGGGGAACUACAGAGCUGAGGAGGAUGUUAGAAGUUGAUGUGUGCACAGGAAAGGGAAGGGUGUGUACUGUGUCCACACUGAGGGUCUACAGAACCGAGCAGGGACCGUACCAGGGAAGCACUGUGGACAUACAGCGAGGGCUCCAUCACAACAGACUCAGGUGCUGGAAACCAGAAGUGUCAGGUAGCACCUCCACAGUGGGGACUGCGUGAUGUAAAACAGCAGUGCAUCUGCUUAGCAGUGGAGGCUUUCAGAGGUGGAAGCUGUGCCUCAUGUCUGGUCACAGAAACAUAAAGUAGCAGUCACUGAUCCUGUGUCCCUUUCCCUGUCUCCAAAUGUCAUCUCGUGUCAUCAGUGACCACAUGUGAAAAGAGAUGAGACAGGCCUGCUCUGCUGAGCCACGCCUGGGGCAGAUCUAUGUGCCUUUAACCUCCAGUGCACCGCAGAAGGCCUCAGAUGCCAGGGUGGAGGUGGAGAGCCCAUAGUGCCUUUCUAGUGUCAUGUAAGGCUCCAGCUGAUUAGUUCCUCAAGCCCUGGCUUUCCGGGUAGCGACCGCGUUUAGAAAUCUGAACGUCGUUGAAGCUGCUCCAGGAAAGUUCGGGGCCAAGUCUAGUUUUUCCUCCCUUUCCCUGGGAGGAGCUAGGAAAUCCUGCUGCUGAAGAGCUGUUAGUAUCUAUUUUACAAGAUUUACUCAUUUUCAGGUACCUAAUGUAGCUGCUAGCAUGCAUGCACAACAAUACAAUUUAUAUGGUAAAUGGAACCAAAUAAUGGCUUUACUGAAUGUUAUGGCUGCACUGGAGGGCAAUGUCACGGUAAAUAGCUGCCAAAUUAUGGCUCAUGCUGAAGUGUCACAACUGCACUAAAGACAAAUAGCACUAGAGGCUACUGCCACUGUGACGCUCCUGAGUUAUGAAGAGGAGUCGUCGCCCGAUGGGAGGCUCUUUGUGUCCUCAUUAUAGCAAAGGGUUACUGGUGCAGCGUACGCGGGGAGCGUGCUCGGCCAGUGUGGGGCUCAGUUAUUAAUCUGUCCCUUUCAGACCUCACAGCUGUAGCAAAACAGAGACUUUGCCUGGCUCAUCUCCCCACAAACAAACAAAGGGGGAGAAAACGGGUUUUAUGAAUGUAACCGUGCACGGGAAAUGACUGGUAAUGGAAAAAUGUCGUAAUAAAAUAAUCUAAUCAAAGGGUAUUAUUAAAUCCAGCAUGGUCUAUGUCUGAAAGGCGUUGUUGCUUCUUAUGCAGACAGAUGUGUGAAAUCUAGGCGAGGAUGCACUUUCUUCCCAUGUAAAGACCCAAGCAGUAAGGACAUUACCAACUAAAUUGCUUCUUCCAACCUGAA